AUGCUUGCUCUUCGAAGUGAAGUCUCAAACAAGGAAGAUGCCAUCAAAUUUCUUCAAACGAGAGGUCUCAUACCUUCAAGCAAAAAUUGUGAGCAAUGUGGAACUAAAAUGUCGCUUUCUAUUUCAAAAGAGAGGUGGAGAUGUACCAAAAAGACAUGUAGGAAGGAAAGUCAAAUUCGUACAGGAACGUAUUUGGAAGAAUCUCGUUUGCCUUUUUCUAAGUUUAUCAUGUUCGUUUACGCCUGGACUAAAGAAUACACGUCUGUGAAGUUUUGUAAGGACGAACUAGCGCUUUCAAUUAAUACAGUCGUUGAUUACAACAAUUGUUUACGCGAAGUUUGUGCUUACAAUCUUCUGAAAAAUCCCAUUCAAAUUGGAGGACAGAACUGUACGGUCGAAAUAGAUGAAUCUCUCGUCUCAAAAAGGAAAUACAACGUAGGAAGGAUAAAGCGACAGCAAUGGGUGUUCGGAGGAAUCUGUCGCGAAACUAAAGAAUGCUUCCUUUACUCUGUGCCCGAUAGAUCAGCCAAAUCUUUAAUUCAAUGUAUUAAUCAUUCCAUAUUACCAGGUACCACAAUCGUGAGUGAUUGCUGGAGAUCUUAUAAUGGCAUUGAAUCUCACCCCAAUCAUUAUAGUCACUUAACUGUUAAUCAUCGUUAUAACUUUGUUGAUCCUGAGAGCGGUGCACAUACGAACAAUAUUGAGGGUCUUUGGAACGUUGCUAAGAGUAAAUUUAAAAAGAUGUGGGGAGUUCAUACUAAGAUGUUAGAUAGCUAUUUAUGUGAAUUCAUGUGGCGUAAAAGAAAUCAAAAUAAGGAUUUGUUCGAUGUUAUCUUUGAUGAUAUUAACCAUUUUAUGCUAAGAGAUAAUGAAUAA